CGGCAUUCAGAGUGCAAGGAAAUUCGUCUCGGUCGGAGCCUACCGAACUAUGGUGGCGUUAAGAUAGCUUGCAUUUCAACGUUGAUCGUCCACCGCACAGGACGUUGGGUUUCGGAGUCUUGCUCCUCGGUGUGAAUCGCUUGCAUGGAUUCUUUCUAACGCAGCUCGCUCUGUGUCGUGUCCAUCCUGUCCGAGCUGCCCGCAGGUUCUUCUUGUGGCGUUUGUGCAAGGGUGCCGUGUGUGACCGUGUGUUCGUUAAAAUUGUGCAACCGUUCCAAUUGGCGCCAAUAGCAGUGUACAGUGUGCUAGCAGCAGUGGUCUAGGGUUGAGGUUCGACUUUCCUAGGUAGAGGUAUCGGUAACCUCAGGAUAAUCGUGAAAGCUCAGUGAACGGUGCAAAGGUUUGGCCACUACACGGCUUGCAAUUUGGUAGUGUACGUAGUGAAGAAACACGGAAUCAAAAUGAAACUGCCAGCGUUGCUGUUCAGUUUCGGGCUGAUAACAGGUGUGCUGUCGCAAGGAUUUGGACAGCAGCCGCCACCAUUCCGACCGAUUCCCAAAUCAUUCGCGGUUCCACCGAAAGCUCAGCGACGCCAGCUGACGCAACAGCAGCAGACGCACAUUCUGAGCGACAUUCAGAAGCACCAGCAUCGCUUCAAUCUGCAUCAAAACCAACGUUCGCCGAACGUUUUCAUACAACCGUCGAUUCAAAUACCGGUGCCCCCUCAACCCCAUUCAAGGCAACCGUUCAGUGGCCCCAGUAGCACACAGCAACACUUCCAGCCCAACGCACACUUCCAUCACCACUCGAACAAUCUACAUCCACCACCACCACCAUCAUCACCGGCCAAUGGACCGGUGAACAGCUUCCGCGCACCGUCCGGCCGUCCAGGACCUAGCUUUGGAGCACAAGUAAACCGCUAUUACUUCCAGCACCACACGCAGACCACAUUCAUACCAAAUUUUUUACAACUCUUACAGCAGGACACACGACUGCCACCACAGCAGCGCUCCGUACAGAACCAACUACAGCAGGCCACAUUCUUCAACGGACCACCACCACCACCACACACUAAUGGCCCCGCGCCCGUCAGUCAGCCACUGAACAGCCAACCUUCCUCCUUUCUGAACAGCAUCGAUACACCAACGUUCGGUGCACCCCAAAGACCCAACUCCCUUCAGGCUCCUUUCCUUCAGACUCCUCCUUCCUUCACCGGUAAUGGACAGGUUCGCUUCCCGAGCCAAGGCGCACCAUCGAACGGGGCGAAUCUUGGCCAACAGCCUGUGCCGUUGUUCACCAACCAGCAGCUACCACUGCACAAUUCUCCCCAAAACUUCAAGCUGUCCGGGCCGAACGCCGGCCAGUCGACGUUCCCGGUGCAGCCGACAUUCCACAACAGCCAAUCCGUAAAUCCGGCCCUUCAAUUCCCACCGGUUUCGCAGUCGAUCGGAACGAACUUCCAGCAGCCCUCGCCGCAGUUCCAGCAGCAGCAGCAGCAGCAACAGCUUCCGAGACUGCAACCGAACGUUCCAUUUGCGCAAUCGUCCAAUAACUUCAACGCCCAGCCCCAGGGUGCUGGAUUCCCACAGGCCCAACCUCAAAUACAAACGUUCAGCGGACCGCAGCAACCCGUGCAGAGUGCACAGUUCGGUGGUCAGGCGACCAACUUUAACGGUCUACAGCAACAACAGCAGCAACCACUCAGCUAUCAGCAGCAGCAGGAGUACGAACGUCGGCUCAAGGAAGAAAGUGAACGGAUUCGCGAGCUGCAGGAAAAGCAGAAGGUAAUCCAAAAGCAUGAACAGUUCCUGCAGAAGCAAUACCAGAAACAGCAAGCGAAGGUACAGCAGCUGCAUCAGGAGUUCCUGAAGAAGCAGCAAAAGAUCCUCCAGCAGCAACAGCAGCAGCAACAGCAGCAGCAAUACGAACAGCAGCAAAAGACCGUCCCAACUCAGGUACGUUCGCGCGAUGUGUUGCCGUCGGAGCGGACACUUUUUGAAAAGGCUGUCAAGAUGCAGUCAAAACCCGUAGCCGUACCAGAACCAACUACAUCAACCGCUGCAGCCACCAGUGGACAGCUUUCGGUGAUCCCGCUCAAGCCCAACAGCAAGAAAGACUACAGCAGCAUCACUCAGUCGGAUCUGGACGUACUGCUCAGCGCGAACCGUCAGACCCUGUUCCAAACGAUCAAGUCCGAGACGGCAAAGCCAGCCAAGGCGAAGCCCACGAAGGUAAAGUCUACCAAAGCGCUCGGACGGGACGAUCUGCUUAAGCAGCUGAAGCUUGCCCUUGCCGAAACAUCGCCCGAUCUGGGUGGCAAGAACUACAGCUCGACCGAUCUGGUACUACCGAACGGUGAAAAGGUGCAGGUCAUCCGUACGACCGAUCCCGAAAUCAUCAAGCGCGCCAACGCCAACUCGGAGGGUGUGCUGACCCAGCAGCUCGAUUCGCCCACGACACCGAAACCACUGUCCUUCGAGGACAUUGCGCGCAGUGGUCUGCUUCCCCCGGGUGCGGACUUUGAGCUGAUCAAGCAGACGGAGGAUGGGCAGAUCCAGGAGGUGGGCAAGAUCCCGCCUCAAAAGAAGGUUACCUUUGUGUACCUGGAGGAACAGGAUGACGGAUCGUACAAGGUGCAAGGGGUAAAGGGUAGCGGUGACAAGGAAACCAAAACGUCCGGUGCCGAUGUGGACAGCAUCUUGAAACGCAUCAAGAACGGUGAAAUUCAGCUGCCUCCCCCAUCGUCGGUCGUGUCGAAGGGAUCCGUGGCCAAGCCGGACCUGAUCGAGGACGCACCGAUCACGACUACGACGCCACGCCAUCAACCGAUCAAGAAAGCCAACUCGGUGACGAUCAUUCCACACAGCACACCGAUCGAGGAUCACGCCUCGACUGCUUUCCUGUCCGGCAGUACUAUACACCAUACCGCCUCGCCGGCACCGGCCACCAUCUACGCUUCCACGCCUUCCCCGGCAAGCCCGAGCAGCGGUGUCACUGCAUACUCACCGGGUGGCUACUCUGGCAGCACGCUUCCACAGCAAGUCUCGGCCCGUCUUUCAACGCCGUCGCCAGUGUCCGGUAGCUAUAUCGCCGACAGCACGGCACGAUUCUCCGAAGCAAACUCGGUAUACACCCCGGUGUCUACCACGGCCAUCCCGCCGGCUACACCAGCACCCAGCAUCUAUCAGACUGCCAACACGGAAAAGUAUUUCUCGGACACGGCUACGGCCGCUGCCAUUGAGCAGCAACAGCAGACAGCCAGUACCUACCAGCAUCAGACGAUUCAUGCGUCACAUCAGUCCACCGCUAGCGAUGCUGUCCCUACGGCAUCCGCAUCCGAAACGAUCACGCAACAGCAACAAGACAACACGCUCAGCGCUCCCAAGGAGGACACCCAGCAGCAGCAAAAUGAACUACCAGCAAUUCUCAAGAAUAACGGACUAUUUGCCAUGGCCAAAUAUCUCCGCCAGUCUGGUCUCGAUACGAUACUGAAUGAAACGGGCCCGUACACAAUCUUCGUGCCCACCGAUAAAGCCUUCCGCAGUCUGCUUGUCCAGCUGGGCGGACCCGAAAAGGCGGAAGAGAAGUUCCGCAACAACCCACGCCUACUGAGCGGACUGCUCUUGCAUCACGUCAUUCCUGGAUCGUUCGAAAUCGCGUCUCUGCAGGAUGAAAUGACUGGUGUGUCCCUGGCCGGAACUCAGCUUCGCGUAAAUCAAUACAACAUGCACGACUCGGAAUGGAACGACGUUAAGGUGACCACCAUCAACGGCGCUAUGGUUGUGCCAGACAAACAGGACAUCGUGAUCCCCCAGGGUAUUGCUCAUGCCGUCGACCGUGUCAUGUUCCCGCUACCAGUUGGUGAUAUUCUUCAGACGCUUCAAUCGGACCGUGAGCGACGCUUUACUCACUUCCUACGAGCAUUGUUUGCAUCGGGCAUGUCGGAUACUCUCCAGAAUAAAGGUAUCAAAACUUACACAGUAUUCGCACCAACCGAUGCCGCAUUUGCUCACCUCUCGACUGAGGAACUCACCAACCUAGUCACGGAAAAGGACCAGGCGGAAGAGCUCGUACGCAAGCACGUUGUCCCGGGCACUUUAUUCACUGCCGGUAUGCGUUUCUACCAGGUUAAGGACGUUAUGGCGGAGGGAAAGACAGUUACGCUGCAGAAGACGGGAGGUAAAAUCAAGGUUAACGAUGGUUAUCUGCAGACGUCUAAUAUCCCAACAACGAACGGCGUUAUACAUGCUAUCGACUCGUUGCUGUAAGCAUUCACCCUCGCCACCACCAAGCUGGACACGAAUCUACAAAACACGAUCACGUUAAUUUCCAGUCGGGUGGGGAAAACACAGACCUGAAACGUCAAUCCGUCUGUCCUCGAAGUUGUGUUGUUAAUUUAUUACAAAAUGCCCUUCCAUGAGUACCCGUUUUCAAUUUCAAUCAAAAUUACGUUCAGGUUCACAAUGCACUACCGAUUGAAAGUAACCAUUAUUAUUUUGGCAAUAUAUGACCAACUAGAAUGAAUGGGAGCGCAACCGAGAAGUUCUCCAGAAAACUAUGGAUAAAAUCCCAUUCUCUGUUUGGUUCGUUAGUGGUCUGAACAGUUUUGAUAAUCGUUAAGUUUAAAUGAUAAUUUAUUCGUUAAGUUUAGUAAAAUGCUGUUUUGUACGAUUUCCCGCUCCGGCCCAUUUACUGGGUGAUCGUUGUAAAUACUAUGAAAAACAGUGUAAUAAAGAGUUCGAGAAAGAGA